GUGGGGAAGCUUUUUCCCAUCACAGGCCAUUGCAGACAGUUCACAUGAAGUCCACUGAAAAGUUUAUGACUAUACAUCAUGAGUAUUUUAUGACAAACAAAAAAAAAUCACAUUUAAAACACACAAUGUAUUUAAAAUAUGUUAAAAUGGAGGUUGGAAGGUUGUUUUCCAACCUGCGCGUCUCGAAUAAUUCUAGGCGAAUACACAGCGUCCUCUUGUGGUAAGAGAAUGGCACAUUCGGCACGAAACAAGGCCCUUAAAUUACAUUUUGAUUUAAAACCCACCCUGACUUGUAUUUUUAUUAAUUGUAUAUACCAAUUAUGAUUUUAUUGAGUUUUGUUUUCUUUUUCAAUGAGCCCGAAUAGUUAGUGGUGAAAUAAACACCGUUUCCUGUAGUCGUCGCGUCAGAUUGCGUCAUCACAACUGCGACAGUAAUUCUCCAGCACAGCACAAACUAUGACACGCUGUGCUUUAAAUAUCUUGUUUUCCGUUGUGUUGUGAUUUCAUUUUUACCACAAAGUAAUGGUUAUUGAAUGAAUGCUCCAAUUCUUGUGUUUAUCGGCGUAUAUAUGGGUGGGAAACGAAGUUUAAAGGCACAUCCGUAGCGUGGCCUAAGCCCCAACGAUGCUCCAAGUAUGUGAAGUCAAAUGUCCGGCGGAGUGUCAAAGCCUCCCCGGUGGUUUCUGGUCGGCCGUGGACGUGUGGAUAGAAAAGCCUCACGUGGUCAACAAGCGGAUUUGCGGCGUUCAGGUGACUGACUGUGAAGAAGAAGAAGAAGCAGCGGCGCUGCUGCGUUCACUGCCCCAGUGGGACGUCACGGUUGGGAGUCGCCAUCCCCGCGAUACUCACCGAACAUGUCUGACCUCUCAAGUCAGGACGUUUAUCCCCAAAGUCAACAUCUAUGGGACACGCAAACAAAAGGAGCUUGUUGUCAAAGACUUGGAUGGGCUGCAGGUGACGUUUGUUCCCUUUGAGCAGCCCGAAGCUGGCCAGCCGUCAGUGAAAAAGGACAACGUUUACGCCAUCAAGCUGUGCCCGCUCGACUCUGGCCGAUGGGCGCUGCAGCUGCACGCGCGGACGGCGGAGACGUGGCACUCGGAUGGCGUGGCCUACCCCAAGCUGCCCUGGCUGGCGGGCGACCUGCUGCCGAAGCUGGCGCGGUGGGCGGCCGCGUGCAAGAGCAGCGAGCGGGCCGACACGUUGUCGCUACUGCCCGUGGAGAAGUACAGCCUGGUGUACCAGCGGCUCAAGGACAAGUACAAGGCCAUGGUCAAGGUGUGGCCCGAAGUGACGGAUCCGGAGAAGUUUGUCUACGAAGACGUUGCCAUCGCCACCUAUCUCCUGGUACUUUGGUCCGAGGAGCGAGCGGAACUCGGCGCGGAGGCCCGGCAGUCUUUUGUGGACCUUGGCUGUGGAAACGGACUCCUGGUGCACAUACUCGCCAACGAAGGGCACCCCGGAAAGGGCAUUGACGUCCGUAAAAGGAAGAUCUGGGACACGUACGGCCCCUACACCGUGCUGCAGGAGCAAGCCAUCACUCCCGGCGAGAGCUUCUUGUUCCCGGAGACGGACUGGCUGAUCGGGAACCACUCGGACGAGCUGACGCCGUGGAUCCCCGUCAUGGCGGCCAGGUCAUCCUACUCGUGCCGCUAUUUCGUCCUGCCGUGCUGCUUCUUUGACUUUUUCGCCAAGUACCGGCGGCGGCACAGCCAAAAGUCGCAGUACGAGGAAUACAUCCAGUUCGUCGGCGAAGUCAGUCGAGUCAGCGGCUUCCGCACGCAGGAGGACCGCCUCAGGAUUCCUUCCACCAAACGGGUGUGUCUGAUGGGUAGAACGCGGACCUACGAGGCCUGCGACGAGGCCCGGGCGGAAGCUCGCCGAGCCGCUUACAUCCAGAGCCGCCCCACCGCGUCCGAAAGCGACGGCGCCGGGGACGGCUGGGGGUCUGGCUUCCGGCCUCGAGAGCGCGUGGAGGCGGUGCGAAACUGCACCGGGCUGUCCCGAGACCUGGUGGACCGCGUGGUCCUGCGCGUGGCCGAGGCCCUUCUGGGAAUGGCCGACGAUCGGCGUUCUCCCGGUGAUUGGAACCGAGGAGGGAGCUUGUCGCUUGGCCAGGUGGCUGCGCUGUUGCGUCACGACACCCUCAAGCGGCUCAAAAACGAGUGCGGCGGCCUGCAGACGCUCCUCAAGAACCAGCACCAAGUUUUUCGAGGGGUUUCAAUUUGUCUUUUAGUGGAAGGAGGACAGGUGCGCAUCCGGGACUGGCGAGAGGCAAAGCCGUGCCCUCCUCUUGCCGUGCGGCACGGCAAGAGGAGGGCCCCGGUGUCCCCUGGUGCCCUCAAAACCCGACAGUGCUGGUUUGACCGCCACCACCCGCAAGGCUGCCCCCUACUGGCCGAAAAGUGCACCUUCGCUCACGGACUUGAUGAGCUCCGAGUGUCCUCUGGACCUGCGAGGAAGAAGGCAAACGAGCACCUUUGAGGAUGUUUAACGUCAAACUUUGCAAGCACGAGUAUUUCAGAUUAUUAUUAUUUUUUUUUUUUUGCAACAUUGCCGUUAUGACAAAAAAGUCAGGAAUAAGACAUUUUAUUUUGCAAAGACUCAAUUUACGACAUAAAAGUCAGUUUUAGAAAAAAAAAGUGUUUCGGAUGAUAAAAAUUUGACAAAAGUUUGUUUUUCUAAGAAAAAAAACCAUCCAUACUCCACACCGCUUAUCCUCACGAAAGUCGCGGGAGUACGAAAAAAAGGAUUUUUUUUUUUUUUUUUUUUUUCUCCCUCAAAGGCCGGACCAAGCGGAUGACACAACACGGAAUCGGGCUCAAAGAACUCUCGGGCGAAUCAAUGAGCGGGCAGGACACGACGUGCUGCGCCAUGAAUAAAACACGAAAGGAUUGCUUUCAAAAUGGA